CCCAGCAAGUCUUCAAGUACGCCCCCAAGAGCCCUGCCUCCGCCCCUCCCUCCCUUCCAAGUUCCGCCGACCCACCGCCGACUCCCACGCCGCCGGCGACCCGCCGCUGGACCCAUCCGCCCCGCCCCGACAACCAGAGUUUGUUGAUGCGCAGGUCAAUUGUUCCCGACCUCUUGCCAGAAUAAUUGUAGCAGCAGUUGAGAAGCAGAGGUUAAAGUGGUUGUGCAUGUGUUUCUGAAGCAAACUGAAGUAAGUUGAGAUAUCGGGAUGUAUGAUUGGAAGAAUCAACAAACCUUGAAAUAUUACUACUGCUAGAACUGCUCUAAGAUCAGGAAGAUGAUGGACCCUUUGGGGUUGUUCCCUGCCUCAUCAAGCCAGCUGCCAGAUGAUCUGCUCAUCGAGAUAUUUCUCUGCCUCCCAGCACACCCCACCUGCUUGAUUCGCACGUCCCUUGUCUGCAAGCGAUGGCACUGCCUCAUCAAAAACCGCCAAUUCGUCAGCCGCUUUCGCACACUUCAUCAGAAACUCCCUGUGCUUUGCUUCUUCAGCAACUCCACUAGCAUCCCCCGUUUUAUCCCCACAGGGGACCCUCCUAAUUGUGUCUCAACGGCAGCCUUCUCCCUGCCUGACCCCUGCUGGCAGGUCCUUGGCUGCCGUCACAGCCUUGUUCUCCUCGUUAGCUCAACCUGGACUCAGCUCCAGGUAUGGAACCCCAUGACUAGCAGCAGGCAAUAUGUACCGGCUACUCCGGAUGCUGAUCGGCGUUUUAAUCAUGGUAUUGUUCCUGAGAGCCAAGCUACAGUGCUUUGUGCAGCUGGCCACAAGGACAGUGGUGACUGCCACUCUUGCCCUUUUCUCGUAGUGUGGGUAUUCACUUGCACACGCUAUGCCUAUGCCUGUAGAUACUCGUCAGAGAGUAGCAGCUGGCACCAGAUGGUUUCUAAACCAACACCAUCUGAUAUUGAUUCAAGGCCUAGUGUCCUUGUUGGGAACAUCUUGUACUGGCCGCUGAAGGCAAAGUAUAUCCUUGCCUUUGAGUUGGAUACACGUAAAUUAUACCAUAUUGAGUGUCCAGAAGAUACACAUAGUGUGUACAGAAGGAAUGUCCACAUCAUGAAGGCAGAGGACGGUGGGCUAGGCCUUGCUGCCUUGACGGAGUUCAACCUGCGCCUAUGGGCUCGGGAGACAGGUCCGGAGGGUGUUAUGGAAUGGGUGCUGCGCAGGACCAUUCAGUUGGAUGCAUUCCUUCCACCGAAUGUGUCAUCGGUGCCGUUGGUAAAUAAUCAUUCUGCCAGUGGGCGUCCGGUCAGGAUAUUGGGUCUCAUUGAGGACGAUGAUAUGUUUUUUAUGUGGACGAGAGAGGGCGUCUUUGCAGUGGAGCUCAAGUCAAUGCGGUGCAACAAAGUUUUUGAGGCUCAAGUCCCUGCAACUAUCUUCCCCUACAUUGGCUUUUAUACCACAGGUGAUGUGGACGGUGCGCCGUGAAAAUUGUCGACCCGGAUGAGAUGAUAUCUGCAUUAUUUUGCUGAACUGUUUUAGACCAACCCUAUGAAGCACAAACUUGUUUGUUAUAUGUAAGCUGUUUUUCUUACUACCAAGAAGGCAGUGUGUGUGUGUGUGUGCGUGCGCGCGCGCGCGCGUGCUGAAGACUAUCCUUUGUUGUAUAAGACUAUGUUGAAACUAGUUAUGAAUAACGAAAGUUCUCUUGAGAA